UGGCCUAUGUGUCUGGCUACUUCCCUGUAGACCAACAGUAAAAGCUCUUCGCUCAUCACGACAAGAGUGAGAAAGAGGACGUUUGAAGGCUUCAUCGAAUCCAGUUCACCGGUCUAGACGGAUCCUCCAUAUAUCCAUAUUCAGUCCCUUUCCUUCCAACCCGGAUCAUCCCACAUCAUGUUCACAUCUAAAGCACUAUCCGUCCUCGUGGCGGCGUCAGUCUUUUCCAUGGCUUCGGCACAGAUCACAACCUCGGCCUCAUCCUCGAUCGUUCUGAUCCCCACCCCUACCUCUCAGCGACCAGCAAGCGCAAUCACUUCCAUCGGAUGCUUCAAGACCUCAGUACCCCUCGAGGAUCAUGGCCCAUGGCGCUUUCAGAGUGAAGGCAACUGCCAACAGAUCUGUCUUCAACUAGGAAAGAACGUCAUGGGUCUGUCCGAAGGUACCAACUGCUGGUGUGGUGACCAGAUCCCACCAAAGAGUGCCAAGGUCGCCAACAGUUCUUGCGAGACCACUUGCAGUGGAAUCGAUACCGACUUUUGUGGCGGCGCCGACCACUACUGGGUCGACCUUACCGGAUUCACACGGAACAAGGUUGAAUUCUACGAGCCGGAUUCCUCAUCGGCCAGCUCCCGAGUUGCCAAACAGACCUCAGAGGCCGUUGAGACCGCCGUUGUCACCGAAACACCUGAUCCCAAGAGCGACAAGUCGAGUGGCCCUAACAAGGUUGGAAUCGCAGUCGGCGUGGUCGUAGGAGUUUUGGCGCUUGCUGCCAUCAUUGGAGGUGUUCUUCUGUUCCUCCGACACAAACGACGACGGGAGGUCGAAGAGGAGUAUCGCCGUCAAGCUGCCGUGAACUCUUUUGUCUCGGGAGGAAAGCUCCACACGAGCAACUCCUCCAUGACGGACUCACGCCUCGAUCCCGAGUUCAUGAACAGGAGGCAGAGCAAUGGCAGCAUUGCUGACAACGAGGACUAUUCAAGGCGGAUUCUCAAGGUCACCAACGUAUAGUUGCGCAUGGCAUUGGAAGUCACGACACCUCGUUCCAUAUGCUCUCGGAUGGUGAGAUCGCCCCUAAGCCAUCUCCCAAUACCCGACGCUGCUUAAUCCGCGCCUCACCCACCCACGUCAUGCCCCGCCAUCAUGCUUUACGAGAGUAAGAUUGCAUCUCGAUUUCGAAUAAUCAGCUGUAUCAACGUUGCUCUAUCUAGUGGCUGUAUCGAACCUCUACAUAGACGGUCACGUUUCGUCGGUUGUCAUACCUUCACCUGUGUCAUAUAUUGGUUUCUUGGGC